AUAGACUAUAGACCAGAAAUUAACUUUAAUUAAACAGCAGUGUUUACAAGCAAAAUUUGUUAUAAUAAACACAGCAGCCAUCUGUAAAAUAAAAUGGCUUCCCCUGAAUCUCCCACUCUAAGUUUACAAAAGAAAAAUUAAACAAGAUGGCUGCUAAAGUAAAUGAUUGCAUCAGAUGAAAAUAGGGUUGCCAGAUACCUUUUCCGAAAAUACUGGACACCUUUCCAUCCUUCCCUUCUCAGCCUAAGAUAAAAGAUGUCAAGCAGUGCUUUUCGAAUUCAUAUCAAUCGUGCAAAGUCUGUUCCAUUAUGCCGAACACCUUCCUUAAAACAAACACAUGUUGCUCCUCAUCAGCAAGCGGAUCUUGAUCUGACAAUCACUGGAAUGUCAACACCAGCUUUAAAUCGAGAAAUGACAUGGAUUAGUCAUCGUCCUUCAGAAAAUCUAAAAAAAAGUGAUGAUGAGAAACAUACUGUUCUACAAUCAAUGGGGUGGAGAACAGACAAAGAGCUGGUAGACCAAGUAAAAGAAAAGCUUACAAGAGAAUACGAGGGGGUUAAACAGCUGUUUAAAGAUAUGGAUCCUUAUGGAGACUCAAUUGUUACCAGAGAAGGACUAUUUAUUACUUUGAAAACUUUAGUGGGACACAUUAGUAGAGAUCAGUUUGAAUCUUUUUUAAAAGCCAUAAAUUUACAUUGGAGAACUAGUGUCAGUUUUGAAGAGUUUUUGAUGCGCUUUAAUGACAAUUCUACUGUUACUUCCUAUAAAGCAAGUGAUAAACACUGUAAACAAAAAUCAUUUAAAAUCCUUGAAGAAAGCAUACACAACAAGGAGCCGAUUGAGUGGUGUCCCUUUACAAGUGCCUCGCAUGCAUUUAUUGUACUUUGCAAGAAGCUUCAUAAAGGAGAAAUCAGAGUAACAGAUAUUUUCCCAGCAUCUUGUUUUCUUAAUGAUGGUCGAAUUAUGAUUCCUCAACUUAGAGAAGCAUUGGCGAUUGUUGGACUUAAAUUGACAGACAAGGAAUUUAUUCAUUUAUGGAAUAAGUUUGAUUCUGAUAAUAAAGGAUCAGUGACAAUUCAGAAGUUCUACAAAAUUUUGAAUUCCACACAGGGCUGUUCAUCAAAUUCAGAACCUGGAUUAGUUAACAGUGCACAGUCAAUAAAAGUAAUACAUGAAGAGAGACAAUCUCUUAUUAAAAAAGCUGAUAUGAAAAGAUCUAUAGCAACUGUGGAUUCUGUUGAAAUUUUAGGAAAUAGGGCAGAGCUCUUUCAUAAACCAAAUGAAUGGCCACUUCCUAAAUCAGAUAACUACCAAACUUGUCUUACUGAAGUGACAACAACUACAAAACAGAUUGAAACUACAACAACUAAGACUACACAAACAAUAACAAAAUGGACAGAAGGUCAGCUGAUUGAUGAGUCCAAAUUAUCAUCCUACAUUAAAACUAUGGUCAAUGCAAAAAAAUCAACACCAGUAAUAAAUGAUGUCAUCGACAAGCUACAUUACAAGGACUGUGACACCUCAAAUUUACAGUUUGAAGAAACAUAUCGCAAUCUAAUGUCAGCAUUUAAAAUCUUUGACCUGAUGAACGAUGGUUAUGUUGCCAGAGUAGACUUCAGGAGGAUCUUGAAUGAAUUUGGAUUUAAUAUUGAUGCUAUUGAUCUUGACUCAUUCUUGGCACUUUCUGAAAUCAGUUACACUCAAGGAUUUAUUAACUACAAACAAUUUCUCAAAAAAUUCCAAGAACGAAAAGAAUCAAUUUUUAUUAGUGAGGACAUACACAAAAGCCCUGGCAGCAAUUACAAGUGCCUUGAGACUAGAGAUGUUGUCAAACUUGAAAAAACUGUAAAGGAAUUAAAAAGUUAUUUUCAUUCUGACUACCUUAAUUUACUAGGUAUUAUGAAAAAAAAAGAUAAAAAUGGUGAUGGCACUGUGUCUGCACAUGAUUUGCGCAGUGCAGUCAACACUGUUCUAGAUAUCUGCAUGACUGAUCACCAGUUUGAAUCACUCCUCCAAAAGCUGAAUGAUAAAUAUAUCAGUACCUCUAAAAUAAAUUAUGCAACCUUCUUGGAUUUUUUCAAUACAGAGCCAGGCUUUUGGAAUAGAUGUAAAAAGGGAGAAUUUGUAUGUCAAAAAUAUAAUCUAGUAAAAACAACUCCCUGUUCAUCUGUAAGAAGAUUACAAGAAAAGGCCGCUCAGUUGACAAUAUCUCCAAAGUUAGAUUCUUCUCAAAAUCUUAGGCUCUCUGAGAUCAGGAACAAAUUAAUUAACCUCUUUACAAGCAGGUUUCAUGUUUUUGACAAGAACUUUCAAAACAUGGACAGGAAAAGGUGUGGAUAUAUGACAAAAUGGCAGUUUGGGGCAAUUAUUAAGCUGUGUGGCAUAAUUUUAACAGUUAAAGACUUAGAUCUUUUAUGGAACAGUAUGGACACUGCAUCAGACUGCACAUUGAGUUAUCACACUCUUAUUAAAACAUUUUCUCCAGGAUAUUUGCAAUCAAUGAAAGAUAAACCAAAGACUUUGAAGCCCCCUGAAAAAAUAAAAGAAACAAAAAAAACUUUGAUAUCAGAUAGACAAACAGACCAGUUUAAAGUUGGAAGACUGGGAUAUCUUAUUAAAAAAGUAAAAGAUGAUGUGAUGAGUAAAUGGAACAUUAUAUAUGCCAUCUUCUUAAACCUAGAUCGGGAUGGCCACUCAUCAAUAGGAUUACAAAAUAUGAAA